GGGUUCUGCGGUUGCCAAAAUAAUAGGCAAUAACGUAAAAAAAUUGCAAAAGUUUGCUUCCACAGUGAAGAUGUGGGUCUUUGAGGAGAAUAUUAAUGGGAGAAAACUGACGGAUAUCAUAAAUAAUGAACAUGAAAAUGUGAAAUAUCUCCCUGGAUACAAGCUGCCAGAUAAUGUGGUUGCUGUCCCAAACCUUAAUGAAGCGGUACAGGAUGCAGACUUGCUGGUUUUUGUUAUUCCUCAUCAGUUCAUUCAUAAAGUCUGCAAUGAAAUCGCAGGACGAGUACCCAAGAAAGCACUCGGGAUAACUCUCAUAAAGGGAAUAGAUGAAGGCCCGGAGGGACUCAAACUGAUCUCUGAUAUUAUUCGAGAGAAGAUGGGAAUAGACAUCAGUGUGCUGAUGGGAGCUAACAUUGCCAAUGAGGUGGCAGCAGAGAAAUUCUGUGAAACCACAAUAGGCAGCAAAAUCUUGGAAAAUGGCCUUCUCUUCAAAGAACUUCUGCAGACUCCAAACUUCCGAAUAACUGUAGUAGAUGAUGCGGAUACAGUUGAGCUUUGUGGUGCUCUGAAGAAUAUAGUAGCAGUAGGAGCCGGGUUCUGUGAUGGCCUUUGCUGCGGUGACAACACUAAAGCUGCCGUGAUUCGCCUCGGCCUGAUGGAGAUGAUUGCCUUUGCCAGAAUUUUUUGUAAAGGUCAGGUGUCCACUGCCACUUUCCUGGAGAGCUGCGGAGUCGCUGAUCUCAUCACAACGUGUUACGGCGGCCGGAAUCGACGUGUAGCAGAAGCAUUCGUUAAAACUGGAAAGUCUAUUGAAGAAUUGGAACAAGAAAUGUUGAAUGGUCAGAAACUGCAAGGACCACAGACUUCUGCAGAAGUGUAUCGUAUCCUCAAGCAGAAAGGAAUGCUGGAAAAGUUUCCACUCUUCACUGCUGUGUAUCAGAUCUGCUAUGAAGGGAAGCCUGUCAAAGAGAUGAUAUCCUGCCUUCAAAGUCAUCCAGAGCACCUGUAAAAUCAGCCAGGCCAUCGUACUAACGCAGCAUCCUGCCUUUCAGAUUUAUACCUGGGUUGAAGUGGAUGUAUCGUUGAGCUUUGUUCAAAGCUGCUCACCAGGCAACAGUAGCAACACGAGUGUCUGGGAAUGGGUACUGGUUUUGUUUAUCCAGCCUGGUUUGA